AUGUCUCAACCUACCGACGCCCGCAUGGGCAGCAUGCUGGCCUCAUCUGCCACAGGCACAACGUUCUUGAUCAUGAUCCAACUGGCGUCAAGGACCUUCACCUUCACCUCGAACCAAUUGAUCUUACGUACGAUGUCGCCGAUCGUGCUGGGUAUCGCCGCUCAACUGGAGCUUUACCAAGUAACGAUCCUGUAUUUCUCCAGGGAAAGCAUCCGGAUAGCUAUCCAAAGACAACCCCUGACGCCAGCGCCAGCACCGUCUCUGGGCAGGAAGGAACAUACGAAGUCGGGACCAACUUCCCCGCUAGACCAGCUCUCAAUUGCCUCCCAAUCGGUGGUGAACGUGUCCUAUCUAAGCCUGUGUCUCGGGUUACCCUUCACGAUUAUAUUGACCUUGCUUUAUCAGUAUCUCGCGCCAACGCAGGCAGCAGAUACCCCUUUCUUCCAAACAAGUGUGGCUGUCACAGGAUUGGCCUCCUUCUUGGAACUCUGUAUAGAACCAUUUUUCGCCGUCAUUCAGCAGCGCAUGUGGUAUGAGAAACGAGCCGCCGUCGAAAUGCCAGCGGCAUUUCUUCGAAGUCUGACGACGUGUUCGACCUUCCUAUGUGCUUCUCGCCUCAAUCAGCCCGUCGGUGCUUUACCCUUCGCCCUGGGCCACUUGAGCUAUUCCAUUGCUCUCCUCUUCGGCUACUGUUGGUCCAUGCUCCGAGGAACAAGCGAGAGGCAGUUCGCGUUUCUUCUCACCAGGAUACCAUCUAGGGAUACCUCGGAAUACCUUUGGGGUCGAUUCUCUCGUCACUUGACAUCGCUUGCCGCGAGUGUCUUUUUCCAAUCCCUGGUGAAGCAUCUUCUCACUCAGGGUGAUUCAAUGAUGCUCGCCGCCAUGUCUACCUUGGAAGACCAAGGCAUUUACUCGUUAGCGGCCAAUUACGGCGGUCUUGUUGCUCGCAUCAUAUUCCAGCCCCUCGAAGAAAGCAGCCGAAAUCUGUUCUCGACACUGCUCAGCCCGGACGAUAACGGCAAACGGAAUGACACCCAAGUCCGAGCUGCCAAAAGGCAUUUGAUCGACAUUCUUCAUGCCUAUCAACUCCUUUCGCUCCUUAUAUUUCCACUGGGUCCUUUGAUGGUUCCGCAUGUGCUUCGUAUUUUGGGUGGCCAGCAGUGGGCAUCAACCAAAGUGGGCGAUCUGCUGUCCCUCUAUUGUUACUAUAUUCCAUUCCUGGCGUUCAAUGGCAUCACGGAAGCAUUUGUGUCAUCAGCGGCCAAUUCACGGGAUAUUCGGAAUCAAACCUUCUGGAUGGGCGGCUUCUCUGCAUGUUACGCCCUGGCGACCUACGUGUUCCUGGAAGUAGGUUCCAUGGGUGCAUAUGGGCUUGUCUUGGCCAACAUGGUGAACAUGGCAGUCCGAACUCUGUGGAGCUAUACCUACAUUCGAACCUAUCUCCACCGGCACGGAAUUGGCCUAGGUGGCGGAGAAGUGCGCAUGCGCCCUACUAGUUACAUCAUUGGAGCUAUUGCAACCACGGUCGUGGCCAAGCAGGGAUUGUCAGAGCUAAGUGGGGGUAUCAUGCCUGCCAUUUCAUUCUGUGGUGUCUAUGGUCUUUUAAUGUAA